AUGGGAAACAAAGAUUUUCUAACGGAACUUAAACUGAAAAGUAAAGACACCUCACUGAGCCUCACAGGGGACACGGGAGCCAACGGAGCCUCAGCCGUGCGGGGGACACGGGAGAAAGACGCACAUACCCCCGACCAGACUCAGAGAAGCAUGUGGGCCGUGGUGCUCCUGCUGUGCUGCCUCCCCCCCUGCUCCCUCUCCUCCCCCUCUUCUCCCUCCUCCGUCAUCCGCCUCACUGGGGAGAGGAGGAAACCUCAUGAGGGGCGAGUGGAGGUCCAGGUGAACGGUCAGUGGGGGACGGUCUGUGACGACGACUUCUCUCUGAGCGCCGCCCGAGUCGUGUGUCGCCAGCUUGGGUUCACGGACGCCGACAAUUGGUCACCACGAGCCAAAUAUGGCCAAGGAAGUGGUCACAUCUGGCUGGAUAACGUGCACUGCUCGGGUUUGGAGAAGUCUCUGUUGGACUGCCCGUCAAACGGAGUGGGCGUGACCGACUGUAAACACUCAGAGGACGUGGGCGUGGCCUGUGUGCAGAAACGCAUCGCAGGAUUCUCAUUCCUUCAGACGCCGAGUGAACAGCAGCAGAAGGUCCAAGUGCAGGAUGUCCGGCUGAGGGCCACCUACUCUCAGCGGCAGCGAGUCCCCAUCACUGAGGGCUUCCUGGAAGUGAAGGAUUCUGGGAAAUGGAGGCAGAUCUGUGACGUAAAUUGGAGCCCUAGAAACAGCCGUGUGAUCUGUGGCAUGUACGGGUUCCCGUCAGACAAGCGCUACAAUGCCAAGCCCUACAAACUGCUGGCAUCGAGGCGGAAGAAGAACUUCUGGUCGCACUCGGUGAAGUGCUCUGGGAACGAGGCGUCUCUGUCAGAGUGUGUCCUGGGUCCAGACAUCCCCCUAAGGGGGAACCUCACCUGCUCUGAGGGAACUCCUGUGGUCGUCAGCUGUGCCCCAGGACCAGCCUUUGCCCCCAGUGGGAACAGGAGCUACAGGAAGGCCUACAGACUGGAGCAGCCCCUGGUCCGGCUCAGGGGAGGGGCUAAACUCGGGCAGGGUCGAGUGGAGGUCCUGAAGAACGGCCAGUGGGGCUCGGUGUGUGACGACCUGUGGGACCUGACCGCGGCCAGUGUAGUCUGCAGAGAGCUGGGGUUCGGGAGCGCCAAGGAGGCCCAUGGAGGGGCACGCAUGGGCCAGGGUCUGGGUCCAGUCCACAUGAGUCAGGUCCGCUGCUCUGGGUUUGAGAAGUCUCUGACCGAUUGUCACUUCCUCUCGGAGACCACAGACUGCAGCCAUGAGGAGGACGCCGCCGUCAGCUGCUACGUGCCCCACAUGGACUACGGCAAACGGCUGCGCCUGGCUGGUGGUCGUAACCCAUUCGAGGGCCGUGUGGAAGUCCUGGAGAAGAGGAACGGGUCUCUGGUCUGGGGCUCGGUCUGCAGUGAGGGCUGGGGGACUCUGGAGGCUGUGGUGGUCUGCAGGCAGCUCGGACUAGGUUACGCUUCACAUGCCUUCCAGGAGACUUGGUACUGGCCAGCUCAAGGCACAGACGCAGUACUUCUCAGUGGAGUGAAAUGUUCCGGAACAGAACUGACUCUGGAUCAGUGUUUUCACCACGGGACAAACAUCCAGUGUCCGAGAGGAGGAGGACGGUACUCAGCCGGUGUCUCCUGUACACACAUGGCCCCAGACCUGGUCCUGAGCCCUGCCGUAGUGGAGCAGACCUCAUACCUUGAGGACCGCCCCCUCUACGCUCUGACAUGUGCCCUGGAGGAAAAGUGUCUGUCAAGCUCCGCCCACUCUGCCGACCCACACUCCAACCGCCGCCUGCUGAGGUUCUCCUCCCGCAUCCAUAACACAGGCCAAUCAGACUUCAGGCCCAGGAGCGGGCCCCAGGAGUGGGUGUGGCAUGAGUGUCACAGACACUACCACUCCAUGGAGGUGUUCACUCACUACGACCUACUGAGUCUCAACGGAACCAAGAUGGCGGAAGGACACAAGGCCAGCUUCUGUUUGGAGGACACGCACUGUGACGAAGGGAUCGAGAAGAGGUACGAGUGCGCUAACUUUGGGCAGCAGGGCGUCUCUGUCGGCUGCUGGGACACGUACCGACACGAUAUCGACUGUCAGUGGAUCGACAUCACCGACUUGAGCCCCGGGGACUACAUCCUACAGGUGGUGAUAAAUCCUUACUUCGAAGUCGCCGAGUCGGAUUUCUCCAACAACGUGAUGAAGUGUAACACAAGAUAUGACGGCCACAGAGUGUGGACAUACAACUGCCACACAAGUGGAUCCCUCAGUUCUGACACUGACGAUUUGUUCCCGGGGCUUUUGACCAAUCGGAUCACUCACAGGUAG